AUGGAAGCACAGAAGCUUGCCGCGUUUGGCAAGCAGCAUGUCUCGCCUGGCAUCAGUCGCUUGACCGAUGAAAUCCUCGAGUACGGAGCCGGCAGCUAUGUGACCACCGCGGGAGGACGAAACUACCUUGACUUCACCUGCGGUGUCGGCGUCACCAACCUCGGACAUUGCCAUCCGAAGGUAACGAAGGCUGUCCAGGAGCAGGCUGGAAAGAUCUCCCACGCCCAAAUCAGCAUUGGCUUCCACCGGCCGUACCUGAAUUUGAUUGAAAAGCUGUUGUCCAUCAUGCCUCAUCCCUCACUGGACACCUUCUUCUUCUCGAACUCGGGCUCCGAAGCCAUCGAAGCGGCGAUCAAAGUGGCUCGCCGCGCGACCAAGAAACCGAACAUCAUCGUCAUGCAGGGGGGUUUCCAUGGACGCACGUAUGCCUGUGCAUCCUUGACCACGUCCAAGACCAUCUUCCGCGAAGGACCGGGCAUGACCAUGUCCGGAGUCUUUGUGGCCCCGUUUCCCUAUUGUGCGCACAGCCCGGAGGCGAAGUGUACAGGAGGCAAGCAUGAUCCGGAAACCUGCUGGCAGAGCCCACUUCGACAGUUGGAAUUGCUGCUGAAGCAGCAGUCGGCGCCCGGGGACACGGCGGCCCUCCUUAUCGAACCAGUCCAGGGGGAAGGAGGUUAUGUCCCGGCACCCCCGGAGUACUUGGUCAAGGUCCGAGAGCUCUGUGAGAAACACGAGAUCCUCAUGAUUGUCGACGAAGUUCAAUGCGGCUUUGGUCGUACGGGGAAGAUGUUUGCCGUGGAGCAUUCGGGCGUGCGGCCCGAUAUCAUGGUCAUGGCGAAAGGGCUGGCCAAUGGAUAUCCUCUAUCGGCCAUCGUGACGAGCAAAAAAGUCAUGGACUCAAUGGUGUCAGGCACGAUGGGAGGCACCUAUGGCGGCAAUGCGAUAGCUUGUGCGGCAUCGGUGGCAGCAGUGGAAGUCUUCCGAGAAGAAAAGAUUCUCGAAAACGUCGAGGUUCGGGGACGCGAGUUGAGGGCCAUGCUCGACGAAUGUGCGACGGCACCAGAUACCAAAGAUAUCGUCCUCGACGUCAGAGGCCUUGGCCUGAUGCUGGGCAUGGAGUUCCAGCCGGGCCACAACUAUGCGGUGAGAAUCCAGGAGAAGUGUCUGGAGAAGGGGAUGAUCGUUCUGACGACUUCCAUCUACGACACUCUGCGUUUCAUUCCGCCCUUGAAUAUCGCCGAGGAUGAUAUGAUGAAGGGAAUCACCAUCAUCCGCACAGCCAUCCAAGAGGUGGCAGCCGAAGACCGAAUCGGUGCAUACCAAAACGGGACCAAGUAG